AUGGAUGGUGCUGAUGGGGUUUAUCCGGCUUCGGAAGAUACAUAUUUGUUGAUCGAUGCCUUGCAGCAGGAUGCAGAAUUUUUACGACAUCGAUUUUCAAAGGGCCUUGGCUUAGAAGUAGGAUGUGGUUCAGGGGAAGUAUCCGAAGCGCUAUCGAAAAUUAUAGAAACAGCAGUCUGCAUAUCAACAGAUGUGAAUCCGCUAGCUGUGAUAAAGACACGCGGUUUGUUGAAAGGGAGGACUAGUGUCGACUUCGUCUUAUGCGACAUGUUCUCUGCUUUCAAACCUGGGAUACAAUUUGAAAUCAUUGUGUUCAACCCGCCCUACGUACCGACGGAUGACAAUGAACUGCAGCGUGCUCUGGAGAGCCGCGAUAUCUCUGCGUCGUGGGCAGGGGGGAGAGAAGGCCGCCAAGUUAUCGAUAUUUUCCUGGAUGAGUUUAUUCGAUUCCUAGCCAAAGAUGGGGUCAUGUACUUGGUGCUACUUGAAGCGAAUAAGCCCAUUGAAGUUAUUGAGAAAGCCAACCGAGCAGGCUUCCUGGUUAGGACUGUGAUGAAAAGGAAGGCAGGGAUCGAGCAGCUGUACGUACUGCGAUUUCAACAGAAGUAG